CCCAAUGGGCUGCGCGGAGCGUCACUUCCCGGCGGCCGGAGGCGACUGGCGAGUGGCUGGGGCGGCGCGGGGGCGGGGCAGCCGAGCAGGCGUUGGCGGCGGGCUUGGACCCACGCGGCGCCGCGGCCCCCCCUGGCCUGCAGCGCUCCCACCCCGGCGGCGGCGGCACGAUGCCCUUUGACUUCAGGAGGGGUGUCAUGAAGGCAGACAUGGAUGUGAUGCUCGGCAUUGGCUGGGGCCGCAUGGUUCCCGUUCCAUUUUCCGGAGCGGUCCAUUCAUGGCUACUCACUGUUCUCAGGUGUACAAGCAUCCCUGCUGUAGCAGCUGUGGCAGCUUCGAGGUUUGACAUCUACAGGAAGGUGCCCAAGGACCUAACGCAGCCAACGUACACCGGGGCCAUUAUCUCCAUCUGCUGCUGCCUCUUCAUCCUCUUCCUCUUCCUUUCAGAACUCACUGGAUUCAUCACGACAGAAGUUGUGAACGAGCUCUACGUUGAUGACCCAGAUAAGGACAGCGGGGGGAAAAUUGACGUCAGUCUGAACAUCAGUUUACCCAAUUUGCACUGCGAAUUGGUUGGGCUCGACAUACAGGAUGAAAUGGGCAGGCACGAGGUCGGCCACAUCGACAAUUCGAUGAAGAUCCCCCUGAACAAUGGCGCAGGCUGCCGCUUCGAGGGCCAGUUCAGCAUCAAUAAGGUCCCUGGCAAUUUCCAUGUGUCCACACACAGUGCCACAGCGCAGCCACAGAACCCGGACAUGACACACGUCAUCCACAAGCUGUCCUUCGGGGACACACUCCAGGUCCAGAAUGUCCAUGGAGCUUUCAACGCUCUGGGAGGAGCAGACAGACUCACUUCCAACCCCCUCGCCUCCCACGACUAUAUCCUGAAGAUCGUGCCCACGGUUUACGAAGACAAGAGCGGCAAGCAGCGCUACUCCUACCAGUACACGGUGGCCAACAAGGAGUACGUCGCCUACAGUCACACGGGCCGCAUCAUCCCUGCCAUCUGGUUCCGCUAUGACCUCAGCCCCAUCACGGUGAAGUACACGGAGAGAAGGCAGCCGCUGUACAGGUUCAUCACCACGAUCUGUGCCAUCAUCGGCGGGACCUUCACCGUCGCCGGCAUUCUGGACUCGUGCAUCUUCACAGCCUCCGAGGCCUGGAAAAAGAUCCAGCUGGGCAAGAUGCAUUGACAUCCUCCCUGGUCCAGUGGCCAAGGACCAGGGAACCAGCAGCUCUGCCUCCAGCACCCUGUCUGUCUCUGGCCCAGGAUCUGGCUGCAUCCCAAAGUGUGUGUGGGAGGUGGGGGGAAAGGUGGGGGGGGUGGCUCAACCUUUCAGGGCUACCUCUCUUCCCCAUGUUUAAUUUGAGUUAAAUAACACUGGCUGGAGUUCUGAUAUUCCUUUCCCUCAGGAGCUCCAAGAGGAGAGUCAGGCAAGAGGUCUGCUCUAGGAAUGUUGCAGGCCAUUCCUGGAAGGGCUGUAGUCUCUUCCUUCUUAGGGAGCAGCCCAGAGUCCUUGUUGACCAGCUGUCAGCCAGGCUUUGACAAUCCUGCAGUGUCUCCCCUACCCCAUGUGGACAGACUAAUCACGUGGUUUCUCCUCCGGGUGGUCAGUGUGGGCUCUCUAUGCUGGGACCAGGCUGCCCAAAGGUACUCCUACCUGGAGGCUUCAGUGCAACCUUCCCACACAAGGCGCUGAGGUUUGACAUUGUAGCUGGAACUCUCGCUUCCACCCCAUCCAUCCCUGGCCAGGCCUUAUAGCCCUCGUCCCUACCCCUGUUUAGAUCUUCCCAGAAGCAGGGGCCCAGUUGCUUGGGUGAUCUGCCCCGGAUGACAGGGUGGGUCACAGAUUCCUGUCUUGUCCUCGUUCUUCUGAACAACCCCAUCAGUGUUCCUCGGCUGUCAUGCUGUGUGACACUGACAUUUUUGGGGGGAAAGAAAGGCUCUGUUGGGUCCUGCUGAGGCAGGGAGCGGAAGUCAGAUGACUGGGAAGUCAUCCUUGGAGGACCAGAUAGAUGUGGAUUGUCUGCUUAUGUCCACAAGGCAACUAUCCUUCCCUGUAACCCACCAGUAAUCAUGUCUCAGCCUCCUCGAGGCAGCCAUCAUUGGCUCUAAGGCCUUAGCUGGGGGAACAAAGUGGACCAGCCCUUCUCCCUUUGGGUCUCCCGCUCCAAAGCUCCCCUUCCAGACCCAGCACUUGGACCUCUGCAGCUCAGUGUGGCCCAGGUCCCAUUGAGUUCCCCUGCUGGCUGACCACACGCCACAUUCCCAGCCCCUGGGGUGGUGGACUCCAGUGUCUCCCUACUUGCUGCUGAGGGGGGUUCCUACCCCACUGCUCCCUCUCAUUCUUCCCUUUGUGUUCUGAAAGGGAAGGGCAGUGGUCCAGGCAAGAAUUCCACCCAGGGAAUUUUAGCUAUGCUCUCUUGUCCCAGGGAGAGAGCCCUGCCCCUGUUUUUCAUUUAUAUCAAGAUUGUUUGCAUACUUUUGUAAUGAGGGGGAGUUUCCAGUAGAAGGAUUUUUUAAAUUAUCUAUAUAGGAUAGCUCAAGUCUCUGCCAUUUGUAAAUCUUGGCUCUGAUUCCAAUUAGCAAAGCUGUCCCUUUUGCAUAUGAGUUGACUAAUGUGUAUAUAAACUGCCAUUGGUUAUUUCUGGUAUCUGUCGUCACUUGGACAGAUUUUUUUAAAAUUCUGUUCCCCAGUUACCGAAAGGAGUCCGUUUGCUGUGUGAAUAUGUGCGCCUGUAGAGGAUGACAGGGUGGGGUGGGGGCGGAAAUGUGUGGCAUGCACAUGAGUUGAAAUCCCACGUUCAUAAAUUGAAAAAAAAAAAAAAAACAAACAAACUCUUGAGGACAUGGGGGAUGUCAGUUUCCUAUGGAAGAGACACCUCUGAGCUAUUAUUCUUACAAACAAAAUCUCCAGGGGAAAAAAUGUUUUAGUCCUUCCUCCAGGUUUAAAUAGAUUAUUAAAAUGCUGAUUUUCAGAAGUAA